ACCAUACGCAUUCGUAGGAUGUGAUCUUUUGGUCAGGAUAAUUGGUUUAACUGAGAAUAAGCGAAAUUCACACAAACAUUAUUAUAAGUUAGGUUGUGGAAUUUUGGAAAUUAAAUAUUUAGAACCAAUAUCAUUAUAUAAUUUACUUAGAUAA